GACACCUUGGCGCUGAGUGCUGUUCAAAUACAGGAGAAGAAGAAGCUUCUAGUUAAUCGACGCACUACAACUUCUUCUCGACUUGUGUCGUGUUUGUGAAAAUGGCUGCUCUUCAGACAGGAGUUGUAAAUGAUGUUGAUAAAAAUAAAUAUCAAUAUUCUAAAGUUAGUUUAUCAUUGGAAAAUUGUAUUUUACCACCUGAGAAACUUUCUCCAUCGCCAUCCCAGCUGGAUGGUCUUGAGCGUGAAGCAGAAAUUGAGUUACGGAUAUUAGGAUGUGAGCUGAUACAAACUUCAGGGAUUCUUCUCAGAUUACCUCAGGUAGCAAUGGCUACAGGGCAGGUCCUGUUUCAGAGGUUUUACUAUUCGAAGUCUUUUGUCCGUCAUACAAUGGAGAUCGUAGCUAUGGCCUGUAUCACUUUAGCAUCUAAAAUUGAAGAAGCACCACGUAGAAUAAGAGAUGUUGUCAAUGUGUUUCAUCACAUAAAACAAGUCAGGGGAGGAAAAACGAUUCAGCCUCUUAUACUGGAUCAAAAUUAUAUUAAUUUGAAAAAUCAAGUUAUAAAAGCUGAGAGAAGGGUUUUAAAGGAACUUGGUUUCUGCGUUCAUGUUAAGCAUCCUCAUAAGAUUAUUGUGACUUUGUUGGAAGUUCUGAAAGUGAAGAAUAAGAAAUUAAUGCAAACGGCUUGGAAUUACAUGAAUGAUAGUUUAAGAACUGAAGUAUUUGUUCGUUAUGAUCCUGAAACAAUUGCUUGUGGCUGUAUUUAUCUUAGUGCAAGGUUGCUACAGAUACCAUUGCCAAAUAAACCAGCUUGGUAUCUUGUUUUUGGUGUUGCUGAACAAGAUAUUCAUGAAAUUUCUUACAUAAUUCUAUCCUUGUAUACUAGAAGAAAGCCUGAUCCAGAAAAACUGGAGAAGAUAGUCGAAGAGCUACGAAAAACACACCAAGAAGCUAAAUUGAAAGCAAAAGGAAUUUCAGCUAUAAAUAAUCUAACUAAUUUAUCUCCUGCAUCACAGCCAUGUUCACCUAGUAAUGGCACAAGAGCUUCCCCAACUGAUUCUAAGAAAGAGAAGAGUGAUAUAAAGCACAAUAAUAUUAGUCCAAAAUUUAAGGAGUUGAAUCACAGGAAGCGUAGAAGUCCUUCACCUUUGGAGGAUGGUUACCAGAGUCCAAACGGUAAGAAGAGGGCCAAGACAAGCUCAUCAGGUAGUGGAACAAGCCGUAGUCCUAGCCCAAAGCGAAAGCAGAAAACUCCUCCAAGAGGUUUUAAAGAAUCACAUCGAUCACGCUCACGCUCCAGGUCUAAAACAAGGAACUCUAAAAAACCAAAGCAUCGUUCAUCGCACAAAAGGAAACAUAGUCACAGUGUUUCUCCAGGAACCUCGCCAAGUCAUCACAGUAGCAAAAAGGCUUACAAAAGUAAGCAUUCUGAAAAAACUCACCACAAUAGAUCUCGCUCUCGAUCUCAUGAGCGUAAUCAUCAUUCAGUUUCCUUGCAUGAAAAAACGCACAAAUCUCGCAAAGAUAGAGCAAAAGAAAAUCAUCAUUCCAGGGAUAAGAAAAGAAGGUGAUAGCUUAUAUAUUAGAUAGAUUUUUUAAUAUAUUUCACUUCAUUUGUACAUAUAUUGUAUGAUACCUUCAGGGUGGAUGUAAAUAUUUUCAUGGAGAUGAAGCAUAGAAGUGAAAUGAACUUAAUCUGUUUCAUUGAUGCAUAUUUGUCAAAAUUCUCAAAUAUAAUUUUUUUUUUUUUUUUUUUUUUUUUUUUUUUGGAUAAUUUGGCAAAGAGUUGCAUGUAUUCUGUCAUCCUUAUUUCUGGUAUUUAUGCAAAUAGAGAAAAUGAAAAAUGUGCCAUAGCUUUAAUAAUUAUUUAUUUUUCAUGCCUCAUACUAGAGAACCUCUUGUGGUUUCGCUAUUUGUGAAAUAUAUAGUACUUAUAUAGUAGUUAAAUCAUUUGGUGUUUCAUUUUAAUCUAAAAUAGCAUAAAUAUAUGUUAGAUCAAAAUGGUAAUUUUAACACAGUGGCAAUAAUUCAUUUGUGUUACAAAAGUGCAUUUAAUUGUGAUUUUCAGUUUUCAACAGCAUCUCAGAAAAUGUACAGGUCAGUUUACUUCAAAAAAUUUUCUUUUAAAAAAAGCUUCAUUAUGUUCCAUAGUAAUGUGUUUUAAGAUUUUAUUGAUUUGUAGUAAUGAAUGCAGAAAUAUUAGUUCCCUUUUCAUUUUUUCAUCUUAAAAAUUUCUGUUAUAGAAUAAAUGUGCUAAAAUUAGUCAAUUAUUUCUUAAGCAUGUUUCUAUAGUAUUAUGCACUGCCAUAAAAUAACUUAUUUUUUUAUUUCCGUUUGAGUCUCUAAUAAGAUGCCCUCUCUCCAGCUUCUUCUAAAUAACGUGUACCAGAAUUUCAUGUAAAGCAUGUCAGAUGCUUAAAACAAGGUCUGGCACAACAAACAAUCAUGCUAACACAAUUAUAAAAUAGGACUAAAAUUUAUUUUAUUCUGAUUUAAUCAUUGACUGAAGAAUUAUGAAUUAAAUUUCUUAUAAACUUGCUGCUAUUUAUGAUAUAUAAAUUACUUAUAAGCAGAACAGUUAAUUGAGCAAUGACCAUAUGUAUCUAUGCAUAGGCUGUCAACAUAUGUCUAGCUGAACUAUUGCAUUUGUUGUUUAGCAUUGAUUUUUAAUUACAGUGUCAAAUUUUGAGUUUUUAUUAUUUUGUUAGUAGGAAUAAUGGCCUAAUAAUUAUUCUAAGUAAAUCGUAUGUUCUACUUUUUGUUUGUACUUGUUUAAAUGCUUCUGAAGUGAAUAAAUACUGAGGAAUUUAAAUAUAAGAAAGCUUAAAAGUAUUGACAAAAAAUAAAUAAAAGUGUGCUGCCUGUAUCAUAAUAGUAGCUAUUAAAAUGUGUUUAACAUUUUUUAUGAAGUCUGUCUGGAAGAAAAUGAAAUUAGUGCAUAUAACACAGCUAAAUUGCAUAUAUAUAUGAAGAAAUGAAAAAUGUAGGUAGAUAAUGAAUAAUGUGUAAAUGUCAUUUUAAAAGGAAAUAAAAAUCAAAUGAAAAUGUGAAGAAUACUGAUUAUCAAUAUAUUUUGACUAAUUCAGUAAUAAAACAUUAAAGUACACACUGUACUUUCAUAAAAAAGUAAUUCCAUUAUUAUACAGCUUGUCAGCAUGAAAGGCCUAAGUAUUAAGCUUAAUUUAUUGCAUACAUGAUAUUUCUGUUUUGAAAUAUAUACAGCAUGAUCACUAAAAAUUCUGAUAAUCUUAGUUACUGCUUAAUUUUUUUUAAGGAUACAAAACAGUUUUAAUAAGCAUUUAGCAACUGCUUUAAACACUUAGAAACUAUAAAGUGCAGCAAAUAUUUUGCCAGACUGUAUUAACAGUGAUUGAAUGUUAUGAACUCUCUAUAAAGUACAUACAUACACAGAUAUUUAUUUGGUAUAUAUACUUUUAUCUUCCACACAAAAGAAUAGUUUCAUCUUAGGAUAGCUUUGGUUUGCUUUGCUCACAGAACUCUGAGUAGGUAGUCAGUGAAACCUUGCACCUUACUUACACAUUUUUGAUAUUCAGUGCAUUUUUUAUUUCUAGAAAAAUGCGAAAAGGUCUGUAUCUGCCAUAGUUUUUAAAAUGUCAAGAUUUUUGUUUUUUAAUUAAAAGGUUUGAACAGUAAGUUUAUGUAGCAGAAAUGAUUGUUACAUACCAUAAACAAAUCUGAAAUAGGCAUUCUAAUUGUUCACCAAAAUUUACCAGAAUUCUCAGUCAGUUUUCGAAAAAUUCCAGACCUCUACAUUGCUUAUCCCCCUCAUAUUGUCAUUCUCUUCCAGAACAGUGACAUGUAACUCCCUCAUUAUUUUUUAUGUUGAUAAAUAAAUAAAAUGGAGAAAGGUAAUGAAAUUUCUGAAAAUAUGAAGUUUUGAAUAAGAUUUAGAAAUCACGAAAAGGUAUGGAGAUUCGUGUCAGGUGCAAAAAUUAUUUAAUUUUGCAUAUUUUAGUGUUUUAAAUUGUUUGAAUGUACACUGCUAGCAUUUUCCUGGUUUAUCUCUGGAUAUGUUUUCUCAAAAUGUCUGAUUUAAGAAUUUAAACCCUAUGGGUUUUGUAAAUAAUUCUUUUAUGAAAUAAAUGAUUUUCACUCUUUA